GGGGAAGCUACUCUUCAAUGCUGUCUAUGUUCCUAAAUUGGAACUUUUGAGAUAAUUGAAUCUGCUGUAAUUCUUGUGUCAUUAUCCGCGGACCUCGAUUCCACUGCUUUGGCUCAGAGCUAAAACUGUAACGCAAGGAGCCCAUUCCAAGCCAACAGCAGCUUUGAAAACCCUACGGCUACCCUAUUCUCAUCCCACCACAACUGCCAACCAAUUCAGCAGCACUACCAUGGAGCUCGACUUCACGAGCUUACCGCCCACAGCAGAGGGCUGCUUCUAUGUCCUCGCUACCAUUUUGGUCCUCACUCUUCCCGUCUUGACAGCCUUCUGCACCUACCAUGACUACAAGGCCUUCCUCUCGCUCGGCCCUGGAGGCACACCAUCAACACCACUCGGCUACCUGAAAGUCAAAACACUCGGCCUCAUCUCCCUGCGAGAUCCCCUCCGACCACUACCAAUCCCCCCGCAUUUCCGACCGCAGAAAGGGUACCUAGACUCGCUCCCAGCCCGGUCCGGGGAACGGCCACUCGUAGCAGGCAUAGCACCGCAACGUCAACAAACCCAGCAAAGCGACGAGGAUAUGUACGCCGGCCUCGUCGCACGAAUGCAGUCCUACACCCAAGAGCCUGCAAACUUGCUGCUCGAACGUACAAGCUGCUUCGAGAAGAACAGCUCUGGCCUCUUCGCCUCGUCCCCAAUCACACGCACCUGCGGCGGCGAAAUAUGCCACGCGCACCCCUCAGAUGGCUCCUUGCACCUCACACUGCACCCCGCAGACUCGAAGAUCAUGCUUGAGAGCGGGUGGGGUGAACGACACCCGCUGGCGAAGGGGGGCUGGUUUCGGAGGUUCGUGCCGAGGGAAUUUGUGCUGAUCUAUGCACCGAGGACGGAGGGGGAUCUUCAGGUUGUGAUGCAGAUCGUGGCGGCAAGUAUCUGGUGGGUGAGUGGGGUGGAUGUUAACGCGGAUGCUGAAGCGGGAGGGAGGCGUAGGAGUGCGGAUGUUGCGGCGAUUGGACAGGCGAUGGAGGGUAGUGAGUGCUGGGCUUGUGAGGCGCAUGCGUGUGGGACUGGGUUGGAGAAUAUGACAGGAGAUGCGUAGGAAUGUGACCGAUGGAAGACGCAUACUUGGUGCAUUCAAGGAGUAUUGCUUUGCGUUCAAGCGGGUAUCCGGCGUUCCUGGUUAUUUAUCAAGGGCAUACCUCGAGCUUCUGGCUUCAAGGCUGGUAUCCAAAUCGCAACACUGCAUACCUAGCUGAUGCUCUCCAACCUACUGCGCUGUCUCUGUUCAUUGCAGACGCUCCCUUGUCGCCCCGACCCUGACUUAGCUCCGCGAGUUGUCCCAGCUUCUACUGCUUUCCCCUUACCCACUCGUUGUACUCCUUCCUCUUCCCCUUAACAUCCCAAAACCCCCUUCGUCCCUCUCCUUUGCCGCCAAUCCCACCAUCGAGGCCCAAGAAAGCAUACGGGUCGCCCUCGCUCAAGAUCUCCUCUCCUUCUCUUGUAUAUUUGCCCUCGGGUUUCCUGCCCUCCCGAGACAUCUGACCUGCCCAGUUGGCGUAUUGAAUUGGCUUCAAUUUGUCUGCCGAGGCUACGAUGC